AUGAAGAACAAAUGUAAUAUUACUUCUAUAAAGAAGCCAAACUCGUCUAAUAAAACUAAGGAUCAAUGUGAAAUGAGGAAUAUAUUAAAUACUCAUUUUGCUACCACAGGAGAAAGACUAGCCAAAUCGAUUCCAGCGACGGAUGAGUUAUUUUCGUCGUAUUUAAAAUGUCCUGUUAGAGAUUCUUUCUUUUUUAACGCUGUAACAGCUAAUGAAAUUGUUGACCAAAUUGGCAUUAUACCUGAGAACAAGACAUAUGGUCUUUACUCCUGUCCAAUAUUUCUGCUCAAGCUAUCAAAAUGUAUUAUUAGCCCUAUUUUAGCAUCUAUUAUUAAUACAUCCAUUGAACAUGGAAUUUUCCUAUCUAAAUUAAAGAUAGCAAAAAUAGUCCCUAUUUUUAAAUCAGGUGAUCCAACUGAUCCUGAUAAUUACAGACCUAUUUCCUUGUUGUCCAUAUUUAAUCGAAUUUUCGAAAAAGUAAUGUACACUAGACUAAUUGACUUUAUUGAUAAGAAUAAUAUAUUAUUUACUGGGCAGUAUGGAUUUAGGAAAAAUUUUUCUACUCAGCAUGCCCUUAUUGAUAUUGUUGAUCGAAUUCAUAAAAAUAUGGACAAGGGGGAAGUUACAUGUGGUGUAUUUAUUGAUUUAAAAAAGGCGUUUGAUACGGUUAAUCACUCUAUUCUGCUAAAAAAGCUUUAUCAUUAUGGUAUAAGAGGUAUUGUGCAUGAUUGGUUUGCUUCCUAUUUGAGCGAUCGUUUUCAGACAACGGCAAUCGGAGAUUGUAUUUCUAAGAAUGAAAAUUGUUCUCAUGGAGUUCCUCAGGGAUCUGUUCUAGGUCCCUUAUUAUUCCUUUUAUAUGUCAAUGACCUCUCUUCGACGUCGACAAAAUUCAAAUUUUAUUUGUUUGCUGAUGACACAAGUAUUUUAUAUUCUGACAAAAAUAUGUAUAUAUUGGAACAAACCGUAAAUUCGGAAUUAAAAAAAGUUAGCCGUUGGCUGGAAGCAAACAAACUAUCGCUUAAUGUUAGCAAAUCAAAUUUUGUCAUAUUUCAUCCGCAUCAAAAAAGAAUAGAUUAUUUUCCUCAGCUAAAGUUAUAUGAUCAUGGAACCAAGAGAAUGUUGCCCUUAGAAAUGAAAAACUCUGUGAAGUAUCUUGGUCUCAUAAUUGAUUCUAGUUUAUCUUGGAAAGCUCAUAUUGAUUAUAUCUCUCUUAAAACCAGUCGGAUUAUCGGGAUUUUUUCCAGAAUUCGACAUUUUAUUCCAAAAUAUAUUCUAGAAAAGAUUUACUAUGGCUUAAUGCAUCCUUAUCUGAGUUAUGGAAUCACUGUUUGGGGUCAAGCUUGUAAGUCUGAUCUCAAUCGUCUGCUUGUUCACCAAAAAAGAGCUGUCCGCUUGAUGCACUUUGCCGAUUACAGAGAUCACGCUAUACCUUUUUUUACUAAAUCUGAAAUUCUUCCAAUAAAUUUUCUCUAUUUUCAUAAUGUGGCUUGUAUUAUGCAUGACGUUAUGAACAAUAAAUCUCCGGUUAAUAUCACAACAUUAUUCACUGCCAUUGCUGAUACACAUAAGUACAAUACUAGGUCUGCGGCUCGUCAUGACCUUUAUCAACCAUUUUCGAGAUUAAAUAUCUUAGCUAAGUCAUUUUCCAGAAUGGGUGUAAAAAUUUGGAACAGUUUACCUACCUCUAUUCGAGAAUUAAGUAAACCCUGUUUUUCCAAACAAUGCAAAAGUUUACUCCUCGAUGCUCUAAGUUUCUGCGAUGACUAUGGUGAUCUUACCAUGAUUAUGCAAACAAUAUCUAAAACUGAUUAAUUCUUGUUUCUUUUCUUCUGUAUAUGAGCUAAAUUAAUUUUCACACGGUAGACACGUAUACAGCCGGCUUUGGUAAUUCUUCCAUGGCAUUCAGUUCUGCCAUGGAGCCUGAUUUCUUUUUUUUUUCCUUAACUGUAUGAAAUCUUAACCCCCCACCUCGAAUAGCUAUUGCUAAAUGUGGGAGGGUAAAUGGCUGUUAAAUAUAUACUUAUUAAUUUUAAUAAUAAAAGUUGAAAAGUUGAAAAGUUGUGGCUAUACAGUACGUCUGUUUUCAGCAUACCUUAUAGCCAAGGUUUGUGGCUAUAAAGUACACUUGUUUUCAGCAUAUCUUAUAGCCAAGGUUUGUGGCUAUAAAGUACAUCUGUUUUCGGCAUGCCUUAUAGCCAAGGUUUGUGGCUAUAAAGUACACCUGUUUUCGGCAUACCUUAUAGCCAAGGUUUGUGGCUAUACAGUACGUCUGUUUUCAGCAUACCUUAUAGCCAAGGUUUGUGGCUAUAAAGUACAUCUGUUUUCGGCAUGCCUUAUAGCCAUGGUUUGUGGCUAUACAGUACGUCUGUUUUCAGCAUACCUUAUAGCCAAGGUUUGUGGCUAUAAAGUACAUUUGUUUUCGGCAUACCUUAUAGCCAAGGUUUGUGGCUAUAAAGUACACCUGUUUUCAGCAUACCUUAUAGCCAAGGUUUGUGGCUAUAAAGUACAUCUGUUUUCGGCAUACCUUAUAGCCAAGGUUUGUGGCUAUAAAGUACAUCUGUUUUCGGCAUGCCUUAUAGCCAAGGUUUGUGGCUAUAAAGUACAUCUGUUUUCGGCAUACCUUAUAGCCAAGGUUUGUGGCUAUAAAGUACAUCUGUUUUCGGCAUGCCUUAUAGCCAAGGUUUGUGGCUAUAAAGUACAUCUGUUUUCAGCAUACCUUAUAGCCAAGGUUUGUGGCUAUAAAGUACAUCUGUUUUCAGCAUACCUUAUAGCCAAGGUUUGUGGCUAUACAGUACGUCUGUUUUCAGCAUACCUUAUAGCCAAGGUUUGUGGCUAUACAGUACGUCUGUUUUCAGCAUACCUUAUAGCCAAGGUUUGUGGCUAUAAAGUACAUCUGUUUUCAGCAUACCUUAUAGCCAAGGUUUGUGGCUAUAAAGCACACCUGUUUUCAGCAUACCGUAUAGCCAAGGUUUGUGGCUAUAAAGUACAUCUGUUUUCGGCAUGCCUUAUAGUCAGAGCGUGUGUACGUGUGGACGUGUUCUUUGAGCUCUGCCAAAAUUCUGAGUUUUUUUCUAUAAUAUUAAUAUGACUGAAGUAAAGGCUCUGCGAAAAGAAAAUCAAGAUUUGAAGAACCAAGUGGAGCAAUUAUCGAAGGAAUUUAAGAAUCUGAGUGUUAAAAUUGCCUCUGAGUCAAAUCGGCCGACGCGUGAAGUUGAACAAGAUCGCUCGAUUCAAUUUCUUAGCGACAAAUACGAUGACUUCCUAUUAUCGAAUGCGACAAUAAAGAAGGAACUUGAUCGUCUCACGCAUCGGCUAAACGAAAUCACUAAUAAUGCUCAGAGAAUUGAAAAAGCCCUUGAUGAUAUUGAAGCGUACAGCUAUCAGUACAACCUAAAAGUUAUUGGCGUGCCAGAAAUCUCCGGGGGAGAAUCAGCCCUAGACACAGCAAACCUUUGCCUAAAGUUGUUUACAAAGAUGGGGGCCAAUACGUCAAUAAAUGAUAUAGACAUUGCCCAUAGAGUACCUAUAAGAAAUUCAAAUGUUAACAAGCCGAAGCCGAUUGUGUGCAAGUUCACCAGGCGAUUAGCAAAGGAUGCACUCAUGCAAGUCCGUAACGAGGCAAGGAAAAUCAAACCCUCGCAGCUGGGUUUCAACAUCGAGCUUGAUGAGCAGUGCGAUGUUAUCAGAGUUUUCGAACACCUUACGCCAAAGGCUCAAUCUUUACUCUUUGAAGCUAAGAAAUUCCAGUCAGCUCAUAAUUAUUCCUAUUGUUGGGCAAAAUCUAACUCGGUAUAUCUAAGACAACGCGAUGGCUCACGCGCGAUCAAGAUUGUUGAGCUGGAUGAUCUUAAGAAACUCUCAGAAGGAUCCUCAAACACUUAUUAG